AUUGGGGUAGGUUAGUUUUGCUGUAACAACAAAAAAGCUUCAAGAUCUCCUUAUAAAAAUUUAUUUUGAUUCCACCCCCAACAGAUUCUCAUCAUGGUAGUGAUAGCGGUAGAUAAGUACAAUGAAAUAGUGAAAUUCAUAAGAAACUUCCGAGGUCUUAUGAUUGAUUGUGAAAGAGAAUUGCAAAAGACUUUCCCGGAAUUUUCGGAAUAUCCCAUCGUGUUGUCCAGUAUCAUUUCCCGGGAGGUACAGACGCAACUAAAGACUACUUACUACCACAUCCAGGCGCAAUCUUCCACUAUCCUUCAGCAAUAUGAAAGUGAAAUUGCUGAGAAUCCCAAUGAUGAUUCCAUUCUCCUGAACAAAUCAAUUGAUGUUAAAUUCUCACCUGUGGGCCUUGCAAGACUCCUCCUGACUGAAAAAUACAAAGGAUCCAAGACUAAAGGAGACAUCAGCAACAUGGUGAAGAGUCCCUACCUCAUUCCGGAUAUGGCACUAGCUGCAAAUGUUCGAAAGUGUCUCUUCAACGAUAGCUACGAUGGCCCACUUACGGAUUUAAUUCGAAGAUUCAUAGGGGAGGAAUACGAAAUAAGGCUGAAAGAAAUGGCCAAGAAAGUUGGAUUGGUUUUCCAUGACGAAGGUGAUCUGAGACGCACUGGAUAUGAUAAGACUCCUGACCUAAAGUUAGUCGUUCCUUGUCUGUACCGAGGAAUUCCAAUUCACUGGAUUGAAAGCAAAGCCCUUUUUGGGGAUGUCUCAAAUCACGAGAAAUACGUCAGAGAACAGCUUUCUUGCUACCAAAAUCGCUUUGGGGCUGGUAUUGUCAUCUACUGGAUGGGAUAUAUAGAGAGUCUUGAUAGAGAUGAGAAUAUUUUCGUGAGAGACUCCUUCCCAGAUCCAAGUGAACUUACACUGCUUAAAGUUUAAUUAUUAAAUCCUUGAUUUUUUCUAAAAAUUAUGAAUUUACCUCAAAAGGAUAUUGUCUCUGUGAGAAUCAUUAAAUUUUUGAAUAAAACUGUUAAAUAUC